AUGUUACUUUCUCAGGAAAAGCAUGCACAGGAGAUUUUAGAGCGUGCAGGGAUAGCCUCUUGUAAACCUGCCGCUACUCCAGUUGACACUAAGUCCAAACUUAGUGCAGGUGCAGGGCCACCUUUUCGGGAUCCUACUUUGUAUCGCAGUUUAGCAGGUGCUCUUCAGUACCUCACCUUUACAAGGCCAGAUAUUUCCUAUACGGUACAACAGGGUACCAUUGAUCACGGUCUACAUUUAUAUCCUACUGUUUCACAUCGACUGAUUACUUACACUGACGCUGACUGGGGGGUUGUCCCGACACUCGACGUUCCACAUUGGGCUACUGUUGUUUCCUCGGGGACAACCUCGUAUCUUGGUCAUUUAAGCGUCAACAUACAUUAUCUAAGUCGAUUGCAGAAGCAGAAUAUCGAGGUGUCGCAAAUGUUGUCUUUGAGGCGUGUUGGCUCCGUAAUCUUCUACUAG